AUGGUGAGCCUUCUACACAUGCUCACGAAAAAGACACCCUCUGUAAGAAUCCUCCCCUCCACCCUAAAAACCCCGCUAUUUCUUGCACCGGAUCCCCUUCUUAUUCCCAACCAAAACCAUCUUCGCACAACAAAACAGCCAGAUGAAGAACAUGCUAACGAUGUAGAUUCUCUUUCGGGUCACUCUUUCAGAGCGAAGGUGGAAUCCCCUCAAACAUUGCGCUUUUUCCCCAGUUUCCCAUUUGGGUUUUGCUUAAACCCUGUUUUCUCAACUGGGUUUGAGCGAUUGGCGGUGCUUGAGGCCGAGGAUGUUGAACCCGUCGAUGAUGCGACGAGGAUUUGGGCAGAUAGUGUGAAGAAGAAGAGGAAGAGGAAGAUGAACAAACAUAAAUACAAGAAGCUCAGGAAGCGUCUUCGUCGCAAGGCUAGGACGUAA